AUGACCACAGCAGCUGGUAGCAGCAGCCCUGCAGUGAAGGGCGGAGCGCGUGCGAAGGCGACGCCCCCAGCCCCUAGGCCUCGCCCAGGCGGCUUCCGCCCGCCUCUUCAACGCGCACGCUGCUACCGAGCUGCAGGAGGCAGCGGGCGCGAGACUGGGAAUGCGCAGGGCCCCCGCCUGGCUCUACAAGCCCGGGCCGCGGCCCCCGCCUUCCCCGCCGCCUCCCAGCGCUCCGUGCCCGACCCCCGAGGCCGGCGGCUGCUGCUACCUGGGGCCGUUGCUGCUUGUGCCGUGAGCGACGCCCAGCCAUUGUCCCCGCCGCUCCGUCAGCCGCGCCGGGCCGCGCGCGCACCGGAAGGCGCAUUGGCGUCUUGCGGGCUCCGGGCCGGGUGGGCAGGAUGGCCUCCACAAGCCGCAUGGCGCGCAUGGGGAGCCUCCGUUGAUGCCGCCGCGCCGCCCUCCGAGGCUGCGUCCCCGGAAGCCCGGCUCCCCGAGCACUCCGGCCCGGCCCGGCGCCUCGGACCUGAGUGCGUCCCCAUGGAGGCGCCCGGGCUGGCCCAGGCGGCCGUGGCAGAGGAGACCCCGGACUGGGCGCCCGAGCUCUGCCCCAGCUCCGAGGCGCGGUCGUCGGAGCUGCCUGCCAACCGCCUUCAGGACUUCGACACGCUGGUCACCGUGGGAAAGCAACUAGAAGCCAUUUGUGUCAAGGUAACGUCUGGAGAAACAAAAGGUCAGGAACGGCCAACGUCCCUACUGGCCACAGUCCAGCCCCAAUCUGCAAGACAGAGCCAGCCGCCCCGGGGGAAUUCCCGCCUGGUGGGACUCCACGUCACCAGCCCCCAGCUGCUCAGGGUACAGCCCCUCGUGAGAACCGAGCCACGGUCAUGUUUCCUACAUCAAUCUCCUGCUCAGGGGUUUGUACAGAGACCACUGCCAGCCCUCUAGGUGGUCCCUGCAAAGAGAGUCCCAGCCCCUAAGGCUCCAAAUGGACAGGGCACCACGUUGACCCCUUUGUCGGCCUCCAGUUCGCCGACUGUAACAUGUUUCAUCCAGUUCAGGACGUUUAUUUAUUUCCAACUUGCAUACAAAACAUACUGAGAAACUAAAACCAUCGUUAAAAGUGAAGACAUGUUGAGACAGGUAUCUCGACCUGCCAAGUAUAAAGCUAAAGCUGAGUUCAUAAAAAGGGAUGAUUUGGCCGACGGUCAUCUGCCAGAUUCUGAUGAUUAUUCAGAACUCAGUGUGGAAGAAGAUCAGAGGGAGAGGCAGGCGCUCUUUGACUUAUCAAGCUGCUCCCUGAGGCCCAAAAGCUUCAAGUGUCAGACUUGUAAAAAGUCAUAUAUAGGGAAGUGGGGACUGGCCCAGCAUUUUAAACUUAAUCCAGGCCAUGGCCAGCUGGACCCUGAGAUGGUGCUAUCUGAGAAAGCCAAUGGGAACAACCUCCGGGGGUGCACAGAGGAAAGGACGCUCAGCCUAACCUUCCCGGGGCUGUCCAUGCCAGCGGCUCCGCGUGAGGGAGGGGCCCGCUCCUGCUUGGUGAGAGAGUCAGCACGCGGUGGCCUGCAGGUGAACUGUCACCCCUACAACUCAGCUUGCAACCAGCCCUGGCCACCACCAGUUUCCCCACACUGAGCUGAAUAUUGGACAUGCCCAUCUUAGGCAUUCCAGCCCAUUCUGAAAUUCCACAUCGAUUCACCCGACAAAGUCUGAAGUUCCAGGGCAAUUUAUCUGGAAAAGCUCACCUGGAAUCACGUGUCAUUUCAACCAACAACUGUUGAAGAGGACGUGGCAUUAAAACCAAGGGUAUCAAUUAUUUAUAA